AGAACAAGUACCCAGCAGACCUCUCAACCAAUCUCAACGCAGACACAAUGCCUUGCAACGUCAUCAACAACCCGAGCUUUGAGACCGGCGCUCUCGACGGAUGGUACGCCUCCACUGGUAACGUCGCCAACAUCGUGCAGGGCACUAUCGCACACGCCGGAAACUACUACCUCGAUGUCACCGGAACAGCCGAGGUACCCCAAGUCUCCGUCGCACAGGACCUUUACUGGCUCGACGACGAGAACGAGCACACCCUGACCCUAUGGGUUCGCGUGGCCGACCCCAUCCCCAGCACCGGCCACUGCGAAGUGAGCGCUUAUCUCGGCGAGGACCCCGAGGCGGGUGCGAUCGCCUCCGACUUCGUCUGGCAUGCCGACGAGUGGAUACAGCUGACUGGAUCCAUCCAGCCCCUGGCGCGGGAUUUGACCCUGCACUUCAUCGGCUCCUGUGUUGACGCUGGGAAGGAGGUCCCCGCGCAUAUCCUGUUUGACGAUGUGGUCCUGAGUGACUGUUAGAUGUGGCUGUGGAUUGACAAGUAGAGUGCCACAGAAUGUUGAACAUGAUCGGAUUCUUCUGCGUUGGGAAUAUACUGUAUGUAGGCCUGCUUGUCGAUCAUCUACCAGUUAUAUUUAAGUACACACGCUACUAGUUCUUCUGAACUUGAACGUGCAUUAUGGUUACUGGGCAGGAGUGUACAGAACUGGUGGAAGAGAGCAAGCAUCAAUAGCCCCGCUGCGGAUAAAAUCCGUGUGAUGCUCAACCCUAAUCAUCCCAUCUAUUGGCGCCCCAUGUGCAUG